AUGGAGGGGAACGCGCUCCUCCUGCAGCUCAUCCGCAAGAUGCGCUCCCGGAUCAACGCGCUGGAGAGGGAGAACAGGGCGCUGAAGGGAGAGCUGCGGGGCCGCGGGCAGGGGGCUGUGCCCGCACCGCGACUCGGGAACGGCGCUGCCGGGAGCCUCGCCCUCGACGGGGACGGAGCGGCCGCGUCCCCGGCAUCCCCGCGGGGCAGCGCGGCCGCCGCAGCGCCGAGGGAGCGGACAGAUGCUGCCAUGACUGUGAGACGCUACCCCGCCGUGUCCCCAGCUCCUGCUCCUUCCAGCACAAGGCUCCACUGGGCUGGCAGGAAGCCUGCAGGCAGUGGGCUCCCGGAGGUGCCAGGCAGUGCCCAGCCACCAGCCCCUCCAGCUGCAGCACAGCCCAGCAGGGAAGAGGAGAAAGGGCUUGAAAAACCAGCAGCCAGUUGUCUCUCCCACAGCCCCUCCAGCGGCAUGAAGCUGUUUCAGGAGCGCGUCUAUAAGUGCCAGGGUAAAGUGAAGGCUGUGAGUUUCCUCUUACCAAUGGAUAUAUCACCAUUUGCUGAAAAGCAAGGCUCUCUCAAAAGCCCACAAAAUCAGAGCACAAAACAUCUAAUGACCAUCACUGAAAAGGAUAUGUGAGCUGGUGAAU